AUGGGAUUCCUGACCCAGUGCUUUCGAGGAUCUGCUUCUACUAAAAGACCUUCUGCAACCGUAGAAGAGCUUUCCUACUGCUUCUCUCUUUCCCAACUUCAAGCAGCAACCAACAACUUUGACGAAAGCCGACUAAUCGAUGAAACAUGUUUUAGUAAGGUAUACAGAGGUCACAUCUCGAUCGAUGGCCAACCAAUGGAAAUUGCAGCGAAGCUUAUGCAUCGAUAUGAAAUCGAACAGCGUUCCAACUUCGAGAACGAGAUCCUGUUUUUGUGCCAGCUACACCACCCGAAUCUUGUGUCCCUCCUUGGAUUUUGUGACGAUGAAUUUAAAGAUGAAAUGAUGGUGGUGUAUGAGUUCAUGCCUAAUGGAUCCCUCCACCAUCAACUUCACAAAAGGGAUAGCAACUCGCCAGCGCUUUCAUGGAAGACAAGGCUAGAGAUCAGCAUCGGAGUAGCGCGUGCACUACACUACCUCCACGUAGGAACCAAGCGCACCAUCGUCCAUUGUAAUGUGAAACCAAGUAUAAUUCUUUUGGACGACCAUUGGAGUCCCAAACUCACAGAUUUCGGGAUUUCUUUAAAAGGACCAAAAUAUUCAUCGAAGGAAAAGGCCAAGGAGGUGAAAAGACCCAUAGCAGGCACCUUGGGAUACACAGACCCUGCGUAUCUUCAUAGUUCUAUGAUCUCAAGUAAAUGCGACGUCUUUAGUUUUGGAAUGCUUUUGGUAGAAUUAAUAUGCCGAGAAAACAUCUCCAAAAUUCUGCUGACAUUUGUUGAUGAAUUUGCUUUGCAAUCUAUCGCAAAUCCGGAUGAGAGGCCAGACAUGGGUGAAGUUGAAGUGCAGCUUGAACGUGCAUUGCAACUACAACAGGAAGCAGAUGCCCAUCAUAGUUUCCGCGCUUUCUUGAUUUGA